AUGAUUUCACUCGAGUCAUUGGAUCUCAGUUACAACCAUUUCACAGGUGAAAUUCCAGUGACAUUGACACUGUUGGACUUUCUCGCGUAUCUCAACUUGUCUUAUAACAAUUUGAGCGGACUGAUUCCAACCAAUCCACAUUUUGACACUUUGUAUCAAGACGGAACAGCAUAUAUCGGGAACAAAUACUUAUGUGGUGCUCCUGAUGGGAUGAGCUGCAGCAACAGCAACGGACCCUCUACCAACGAAACAGCUGAGAACAGAUACGAUCAAGAAAAUGUCCUUUUUGUUGUAGUUAUAUUCUCGGGUUUUGUAACAGGAACAUCUGGUGUAUUUCUGCUGUUAUAUUUGAUAGAUGACAACUGGAGGAAUAGGCUGCGACAGCGCUCAACCAUCCUCAGUUCGUCAAUUCAUUUGAAAUUUCAACAUCGUCAACGACAGUUGUUUGCUCAGUUCGUCACUACUGUCGGCAAUCGCUGCCGAGUGCGGCCACUGCCGUCACGCCAACGAUGA